AUGAAUCCGACCAAACCAUCAAAAGAAAAGGAAUCUCCAGGUGCAGGUGCUUCCAGUCAAGUUACUUUUGUCGGGAUUAAAUCUGCAACAAAGAAGGAAUUACGUGGAGGUCGAAUCCGAGCUGAAGUGAAGUUCGAUCUUAAACAAAAGGAUAUCAAUCGAGAAAUUCAAAAUUGUCGUGAUGAACAAAGUGAACGAUUCGAUCUGAGCAAAAGUAGUGUGACAAUCCUUCCCAACACAAUCAAAGAUCUAAUUCAUGUCCGAGAAUUAUAUUUAUAUAGCAAUCGAAUACAACAAUUACCACCUGAAAUAGGCAAUUUAGUCAAUUUAAAAGUAUUAGCUCUCAGUGAAAAUUCACUGACAACUUUACCUGAUACGAUGGAUCGUCUAGUACAACUAAAAGUCUUAGAUUUGAGACAUAACAAGUUCAAUGAUAUUCCUGAAGUUAUUUAUCGUAUUACAAGUUUAACCACACUUUACUUACGUUUCAAUCGAAUAAAAGAAGUUUCAGAUAUGAUUAAAAAUUUAGUCAAUCUACAAAUGUUGAGUUUACGAGAAAAUCGUAUUCGUUUAUUACCAAUCACUGUUGGAAAUCUUGUACAAUUGUUAACCUUGGAUGUCGCACACAAUCAUCUCGAACAUUUACCAAAUGAAAUCGGAAAUUGCGCUCAAUUAACAACAUUGGAUUUAACACAUAACGAACUUAUGGAUCUGCCGGAUUUAAUAGGGAAUCUGAAAAAUCUCAGUCGAUUAUUGAUCAGAUAUAAUCGACUUUCCGCCAUUCCAUCGUCAUUAGCUAAUUGUUCGAAACUCGACGAAUUCAAUAUUGAAGGGAACAACGUUUCACAAUUACCGGAAGGUUUACUAUCAAGUUUAAUUCAUUUGAAUACAAUAUCAUUGGCAAGGAAUAAUUUCAAUUCAUUUCCACUGGGUGGCCCAACCCAAUUUACAUCCGUUCAUUCGAUUAAUAUGGAAUGCAAUACAAUUGAUAAGAUCCCAUUUUCAAUCUUCUCCUUAGCGAAAUAUUUGUCGAAAUUGAACAUGAGAGAAAACUCGCUGACAUCUUUACCAUUAGAUAUCGGUUCCUGGACAGCCCUAGUCGAACUUAAUCUCGCAACCAAUCAAUUAACAGUCGUACCUGAAGACAUCAAGAAUCUACAAAAUCUCGAAGUGUUGAUCAUGUCCAAUAAUCAAUUAAAAAGAAUUCCUCCAUCGUUAGGUCAAUUACGGAAAUUGCGACAUUUGGAUUUGGAAGAAAAUAAACUCGAUUCAUUACCUCAGGAAAUAGGAUAUUUACGCGAAUUAACACGAUUGAUUGUCGCUUCGAAUCAAUUAGCACAAUUACCACGUUCAAUUGGAUCAUUAACUAAUUUGACACAUUUAAACGUUGGAGAGAACAGUUUAACUUCACUACCGGAAGAUGUCGGUCAAUUGGAGAAACUCGAACAGCUUUAUAUCAACGAUAAUCCAAAUUUAGAUGUUCUACCAUAUGAAUUGGCAUUGUGUACAAAUUUACAGAUAAUGAGUAUCGAAAAUUGUUCACUAAGAAGUUUGCCACAAGAAAUCGUUGCUGGCGGGCCGUCACUCGUGAUUCAAUUUCUCAAAGUUCAAGGACCAUUCAAUUUGAAUUAG